CACCCCGUCCGUCUUCGAGUUCCAGGCCACCUCGCCCCGCCGUCGCGCACCCAAAACCUCUGCGGUGGCGGACUCCCUCGCAAUGACUCGCUUCUCUGCUGGUUGGCCGCCUCCUCUCCCCCCGGCGAUGGCGGACGGCCCCAAGGACAUCGGUAAUAGGCGGAAGCCAGCGGAGGGACUCACCGAAGACCUCCUCAUCGAGAUCCUGUCGCGCGUGCCGUACAGAUCGCUGUGCCGCUUCAAGCGCGUCUCCAAGCAGUGGCGCGGCAUCAUAUCCCACCCCGACAACCGCAAGGUGCUGCCGCAGUACCAUCUCCAAGAACUCACCGGCUUCCUCUACAAGCGCCAGCACCCCAUCACGGGCUGUUUCUUAGGUCGCAACUUCGCCCAUGUCUCGGCGGGAGACAGCCCUCGUAUCCGCCCUUCCCUCCCCUUCCUGCCUGACUGUCAUCAGUUCCACCUUCUGGACAGCUGCAACGGCCUGCUCCUCUGCCGCCGCUUCGAGACCCCUGAGUCGUGGGAAUUUGAUUACGUCAUGUGCAAUCCUGCCACGGAGAAGUGGGUCGUCUUGCCCGGCUUCUUCGGCAAUUGGCAGACAGCUCGCCUGGGUUUCGACCCGGCCGUCUCCUCGCACUUCCAUGUGUUUCACUUCCUGGAACACGAAAUAGAUGGGUAUCCUGACGAUGAUGAUUACGAAAGUGAUGGACACGUCAAAGGGGUUGAGAUCUACUCGUCGGAAACCAGGGCCUGGAGUCACAAGGACAGCGCUUGGGGCUUCCCAACUAGAAUAGCGCGUGAUUCUAAAAGUGCCUUUGUCAAUGGUUUUCUGCAUUUGAUCACCGCCGAGGAUGCGGUGGUGGCAGUGGAUGUGGAGGGAACUACUUGGAGGGUUAUUCCUAUGCCAGAUGAUCCGGAUGCCCCUGCAAUAGAUCCUGCUUACGGGUUCAUUGAUCUGUCUCAAGGGCGUUUGUAUUUAGCAAAUACUGAUCAACAUGAUAAGUAUAGACUAUCGAUCUGGGUUCUUGAGGACUAUGACAGUCAAGUGUGGGUCUUGAAGCACAGUGUCACGUAUAUGCAUCUAUUUGGAGUGAAGUAUGCCCAUCAUGGAAGCCAGUAUCAUAUUGUCGGCCUCCACCCGCAGCAAAAUAUGAUUUUCUUAGUUUAUGGGCAUGACAAAAAACUCAUGUCUUAUGGCAUCGAUUGUGGGAAAGUGCAGCUCAUCCAAGAUCUUGGACAUGAUUCCGUGCGACCCUACCUUCCUUAUGUUCCCUUGUAUUCAGAUGAAUUGGCAGAUUGGCACUGAUAAUCUGGCUCGCAUAUCACUGCUCCAUUGUUGACCUUUCAGAUAAUGUUGAAUCAUAUAGGUCCCAACUCCCAAGUAAUACCAGCAGCUAUUUGGUUAGAUCUUUCUCAUGUUGCAUUACUUCUCCUUUGUUCUCGAUUGUACACGUAAC